CUUCCCAAGUCAAACUUUUUAAUUCAGGUUAAAAUAGUCAAAAAAAUAAAAAUAAAAAAGUCAACAUCCUUUCCAAACGAACCCUUAGAUAAUUUAAUAAUUUUUCUUUACUCUUUCAUUACUGUUGAUAAGUACCUUUUCACUCUUACUGUUAUUAAUCACCACCCCUCAUAUUUUCAAAUCCAAUGCCAUUUUCCCACCCUCGUCGUCGUCCAUCACUACCCCUCCUUCCCUCAUCUAUAGCCAUUGUUGCCAUGUAGCAACACCGACAAAAAAAAUAUUAAAUUAUCUAAAUUAUUCCUAUUUAUAAUUAACAUAUGAUUAAAAUUAAUAUAAUUCUAAAAGUUAAAAAUUUAAAUUGAAACAAUUUAAAAAAAAUAAAGAAUUGAUUAGUUAUUCGGAUUAGGUCUUGGAUUUUUUUUUUUUAAUAUGUAAUUUUUCAUUUUUUAUAAUAUGUACAUAAAAGUAUGAGUAAUAUUAUAAAUUUAAACUUAACUAUUCAAAAUUAUACCUUACCAUAUACAAAUUCAAUCACAAUCACACAAUUGGUAAGUUGAGGAAAGAUAAGAGUGGGUACAUAAUUAUUCUAGGAUUAUUUUGUGUUGGAAUUUAAUUGGAAGCUCCCAAAUGUACCUUUCUUAUCUUGUUUAUUAGAUCUAAUGAAUGAAUAGAUUCACCUUUGACAACUGCUAAACGACCAUUUUGCGGGAGAGAGAGAGAGAGAUAAAGAAACAGAGUCGUUAGCAUUUUGUUGUUGGAGGAACACAACCAGAGAGGCAAGAACAACAUCCUCUCUCCUCCUUCUCUCUCCUCCCUCUCUCUCUCUCUCUCUAUCUCUCUCUAUUCUCUGUCUCAUAAAUAAAUAAAAAGAAGAAGAAAAAAGUGAAGAGAUUUAGAAGCUUUAGAAAUGGGUACAUUCACAAGCUUUAGAAAAGCCUAUGGUGCUCUCAAAGACACCACCAUGGUUGGCCUUGCUAAGGUCAAUAGCGAAUACAAGGAUUUGGAUAUUGCAAUUGUCAAAGCUACCAAUCAUGUAGAGGGUCCUCCAAAGGAACGCCAUGUUAGAAAAAUUUUUUCUACAACGUCGAUAGCAUGCCCACGAGCAGACAUUGCCUAUUGCAUUCAUGCACUUUCUAGGAGAUUGGCAAAGACGCGCAACUGGAUUGUUGCCAUAAAGACAUUGAUAGUUAUUCAUAGGACAUUGAGAGAAGGUGAUCCUACUUUCAGAGAGGAGUUGCUAAACUACUCAUACAGAGGACACAUUCUCCAAAUUUCCAAUUUCAAAGAUGAUUCAAGCCCUCUCGCUUGGGAUUGCUCUGCAUGGGUCCGUACAUAUGCACUCUUUUUAGAGGAACGGCUUGAAUGUUUUAGGAUUUUGAAAUAUGAUAUUGAGUCAGAGCGUUUGACUAAAACCUCACAAGGAGCAAACAAGGUGCAUAGUAGAACAAGACUCUUGAAUGGUGAAGAGCUAUUGGAGCAGUUACCUGCAUUGCAGCAGCUUUUGUACCGCUUAAUUGGGUGCAAGCCCGAAGGAGCAGCUUACCACAAUUUUCUAGUACAGUAUGCCCUGGCUCUGGUACUGAAAGAAAGCUUCAAAAUUUAUUGUGCCGUCAAUGAUGGGAUCAUCAAUCUUGUGGAUAUGUUUUUUGACAUGUCCAAACACGACGCAGUUAAAGCUCUUAAUAUCUACAAAAGAGCUGGCCAACAGGCCGAAAAUCUUGCUGCCUUUUAUGAAUUUUGCAAGGGUCUAGAGCUCGCAAGGAACUUUCAGUUUCCAACACUGAGACAGCCACCACCUUCAUUUCUUGCAACUAUGGAAGAGUACAUAAAAGAAGCACCUCAGAUUGGUUCUGUUUCAAAUAGAAGAUUGGAGUACAAGGAGAUAAUUGCAGAACCAGAGCAACCUGCAGAAACUGCCCCUCAAGAAAGUGAAGAACAAGAUGAAGAAGUUGAGGAUAAAGAACAAUUAGUAGAUGAUAAACAAGAGGAACCAGAGCCUGAGAAGGAAGAGGAAGUUCCACCAUUGAUAUUGACUGAAGAAACUGGGGAUCUUCUGGGUUUGAAUGAAAUAAAUCCAAAAGCUGCUGAAAUAGAAGAAAGCAAUGCAAUGGCUCUUGCCAUAGUUCCCCCUGGUAAUGAUCCACUAUCAUCAUCAACCAAUUGGGGGUUGACUGAUAUUGGAAGGACUUCAGGAUGGGAACUAGCACUGGUUACCACACCGAGCAAUAAUAAUAGUCACGUGACGGAUAGCAAAUUGGCUGGUGGGUUUGACAAGCUAUUACUCGACAGCUUGUAUGAAGACGAUGCGUCGAGGAGACAAAUACAGCUGCAGAAUGCAGGCUACAAUACAGGCUACGGUUAUGAAAUGACUGCACCAAAUCCAUUUGAUCAACGGGAUCCAUUUAUGAUGUCAAACAACAUAGCACCACCGACCAACGUUCAAAUGGCCAUGAUGGCUCAACAGCAGCAACAACAACAACAAAUGAUGUUGCAACAGCAGCAGCCGCAACAGCAACAACAAAACACCAUGAUGAUAACACCUUAUCAAUACGCACCUCAAUAUUCCCAGCAGCAGCAGCAGAUGCCAUAUAUGGAUGCUGCUAACCCAUUUGCAGAUCCCUUUAACUAUCCACAGAACACAACUCCACAACAAGGAAACCAUACUUUGCUUUAGAGAUAUUUUUAUUUUUUCAAAAUUUUAAAAAAUCUUUUUGAAGUGUAUUCUUUAAUUCUUUGGAGUAGGUGGAUCCUCUUGUGGUGCAGUUUCGAAAGUUAAUUCUUUUAGAUUUUCUCUUCUUUUUCUUUUUAUUUUCCCUUGUUUUCAUUCAUUCUAAAUUGACAAUGUCUUCUAUGUAACUUAACUUGCUGAUAUAUGAAAAGUGCAAUAUUAUCUUUUUGUUAUAGUUUGACAUA